GACGGGGACCUGAUUGCUUUUUCCACCGACGAGGAGCUGGAGAUGGCGAUGCCUUACGUGCAGGACGGCGUCUUCCGUGUUUACAUCAAAGAGAAGAAGGAGUGCCGGCGGGACCACCGCUCGCCCUGCAGCCAGGAGCCCCCCCGGGACAUGGUGCACCCCAACGUCAUCUGCGACGGCUGCGAGGGGCCCGUGGUGGGGGCCAGGUUCAAGUGCACUGUCUGCCCAGACUAUGACCUGUGCAGUGCCUGUGAGGGGAAGGGCAUCCACAAGGAGCACAACAUGGUGAUGUUUCAGAGCCCACUGCUGAAUCCUUUCGAGUGGCUUCCCCGCGGGCGCUGGCUCCGUAAGAUGCGGCACGGUGUUCCACCCUUCCCGUGGAUGCACUGCUGGGGAUAUCCUGGCCCUGCAGCUCCAUGCCAGAACUCCGAACAAGCCCAAACCAGUGCUGCAGCCUCCAGUCCACCUGCUGCGGAAGAAGCUUCUACUAACAGCCAGCCUCCUCAGGACCCCAAUGUCACCUUCUUAAAGAAUGUUGGGGAGAGUGUUGCAGCUUUUCUGAGCCCCUUGGGUAUUGAUGUUGAUAUUGAUGUGGAGCAUGGGGGACAGAGAAGCAAAGUGACUCCUGCUUCUCCCAACCAAGAGAAGAACAGUGCUGAGACAAGCAGCAGUACUCCUAACCAGAAUGUUCAGACCAAACCAGGCUGCAAUAAUCCAGAUUCUGCUACAGAAGUAAAUGUUGUUGCAGAGCAGAUACAAGACAUGGUGAUAGAUCCUGUGUCCACACCAAUGGAAGAUGCCACCUUCCACUCCCAGGAACACUGUGAGUCCAGCAGCUUGUCAGGGGGUGAGGAGGACUGGACCCACUUAUCUUCCAAGGAAGUGGAUCCUUCCACAGGUGAACUUCAAUCUCUGCAGAUGCCAGAGACAGAUGGUCCCAGCUCCCUGGAAUCAUCUCGGGAUCCUCCCCAGCCAGGACCUACAGGACUGCGAGAAGCUGCACUCUACCCACAUCUCCCACCAGAAGCAGACCCUCGCCUCAUUGAAUCUCUGUCCCAGAUGCUCUCCAUGGGCUUCUCGGACGAGGGUGGAUGGCUCACUCGACUCCUGCAGACAAAGAACUGCGACAUCGGGGCAGCACUGGAUGCCAUCCAGUAUUCCAAGCAGCCCCCUCACUUGUAGUACGGGUAACAAAACCCCCUUUCCUUCUCACUGAAAGCAAACAAUGCAGUACGACUUGCUCAGCGGUUAUCUUUCUUCCUGCUAAGGGUUUGUGUCUCAUGUUCCUACGUGCUUGUAGAAUGGAGGAAAAAUAAA